AUGUUCCUGCCACCAGCCUCAGAGUUCAGCAGUGGGCAGAACUUCCUAAGCCAGUGGAUGACCAAUCCCUCCCGGGCUGGGGUCAUAUUAAACCGUGGGUUUCCUGUGUUGGAAGCCGAUGAAGAAAAGCGAGCAAGUGAAGACGUUUGCUCCAGUUUUCCUGUGAAAGCCACACGACUUUCAGACAGCUUCAGCUUCGUCAGUGAGGGAGAGUCCCUUCGGGGAGAGCAGCAGCUGGAUCGCAGCAGCCCUCGCAGACCGCAGGCGGACACGCCCGAAGCCCGCACCGUCUUCCCCGCAAUCAAGAAGGGUCCGCAAAGGGUGGUUUGUCAGGAUGUCUGCAGAUCCCAGGAGGAUAGCAAAAAUGACCUUAUUCCGCCUCUUGGGAGUGAAUUCAAAGAAGUGGCUUAUAAAGACCCACUUUUGAAGAAGCUGGAACAGCUCAAGGAGGUGCAGCAGAAGAAGCAGGAGCAGCUGAAGAGGCAGCAGCUGGAGCAGCUGCAGCGACUGGUGGAGGAGCAGGAGAAGCUGCUCAGCAUGGUGCCGGGGCCCCACGCACUGCCUGGUACGUCUUUACUGCCCGAUGAGCAGAACCGGAAGUACGGCUCGCCAGGCCAUCCAGCUGCCAGAGAGAAGGCCGUGCCCUUUUUACCAUCUUACGUCUUCUCGAACCAAGGCCAGGACAAAGCUCACACUUGCAGUGUUUUACCUGAUGACCACAUCAGCUCGCGUACUCAGCAGGAUGGCUCCGCCUCCCGAAGCGCUUCUCCCAGUUGGUUCUGUGAGGCGCAGGGUCCAGACGCGCUUGUGACAAGCGACGCAGGGGAGCAACGGCAGAACCAUGCGGCAGGAGAAGGUGUUUUAUCGAUGACGGAACAGAUUCUGGGACAGAGUGAGAUGAAUUUUAAGAAAGUCGAUGAUCCCUCAGGAGUCAUUAAUAUUGAAGAAAGGCCUAUUAAAGCUGUUCUAAGAGAAAGGAAACAGACAUUUGAAGAUUACUUGGAAGAACAAAUUCGGCUAGAAGAGCAAGAACGGAAGCAGAAACAGAUGAGGGAAGCGGAAGGACCAGGGCUAACCAAAGCAAAGCCCAAACAACCAUUCUUAAAACGAGGAGAAGGUUUAGCUAGAUUUUCUAAUGCCAAAGCUAAGGUUCAGAAAGGGAAGGAGAGCAAACCAGCGUGUGGCCAGAGCGCUGUGGAAGACCAGCCCGGGUUUCAGAUGGACAGACCCCAGUGCCAGCGGAAGACCGCUCUUAGAAGUAAAGAGUUGGGCGGCGAGGGCCCUGCUGUUCAAAGGCUCAGGACAGUCCGAAGCAGGAGUGCUGCCGUCACACUCGGUCAGAAGCUACAUGUGCCCAAGAAUAAUAAUAAUAAAAAAAGUCUCUCUCUGUCAGGAUUGAAACUACAGGCAGGCAAGCAAUGUGACGGGCAACCGAGAGACCACAGCAAACUGGACAAAAAGGUGGAGUUGCCUAAUAGCAAGGAAGAUGCACCCGAGCGUGCAGACCCUUCUGAUCCCGGCUGCAGAGUGCGGGGUAAGACACCGGGACAAGACAGACGGCCCGGCUCCCCAGGCCAGCUCGGGUCCGCGGCUCCCAAAGGCUCCGCGAGCGAGACUGUGAAAGAGCUGGACUCUUCUCUGGACGUUUCUCUUCAGAAGAAAAUGGACAACUGGGAACGAGAAAAGGAAAAGGAAAAUUUGGAACUAGAUGAGUUUUUGUUCCUAGAGCAAGCUGCUGAUGAAAUCUCAUUUUCCAGUAAUUCCUCAUUUGUGCUGAAGAUCCUAGCAAGGGAUCAACAGACGUGCCAAGGUCACCGGCUGUCUUCCACUCCUAUGAAGGCUGCGCAGCCAGAGAGGGCACGUCCAGGGGGCGCUGAUGGUCAGGGUGACCACAGGGAGGGUCCCAACCAUGCUGCCCGUGAAAACAGAAGUGAGUGUGAGGUGGCUCCCAACCUCCGGGGCCCAGCGUCCUCACCUAAGGGCCCGAGGGAAUGGUCGUGUAACAUCCGAAGCAAAGCCUGCCAGAAAAACACUUUGAGCAGUUCUGAAAACCAAGCCCCGUGGGAAGCAAGCGAUGAGGACGGCGUCAGCGACAGUGAUGGUGGCACUGACUCCGAGGAGCAGCUUGAUGUGACCCUAAGACCGUUGCCUGAGGAGGCAGGGAGGAGUUUGAGCGGCGUGGAGGAGAGCCCACAGUUCUGCGAUGGCAAGGGGCCUUCCGGGGACAGUCCGACUCAACAGGAGAAGAGAGACGUGGAACUGGAUCUGUCUGAUAAAGAUUGUAGCAGUGAUGGCUGCAUCAUGGCAGGGAGCGUGAGAAACCUGGGGUCCGAGACUUCUGCCCGAAGACCCUCAUCUCCGAAUCUGAGUACAAUUGACUUUGAUGAUGAAAGAACUUGGACUGACCUGGAAGAGAAUCUGUGUCAACACAAUGCUGUUCUUGGGGAUGAAGCUGUUUAUGGGACACCCCAGACACGCUCCCUGAAUAAAGGUGACAUCUGUGUCCUGGACAGAACGUUAAAAAGGAAGGUAGCACCGGUCAAGAGGGGAGAAGACUCGAGCAAGGCAGGCAGGAGCCGGAGCCCUCCUCCUGCGUCGGAACUCAUGAUGAAAAUCUUCCCCUCUUUGAAGCCGAAACCGAGACCAAAAGCAGAUUCGCAUUUGGACAAUGGACCCAAGUUAAACACGAGUCGAGACCAGCUACCUGAUGACAGUGCCCGAUCCCAGAUUCUGAGAGAGAAAGUCAUUGAAUUGGAAACAGAAAUAGAAAAAUUUAAGGCUGAGAACACAUCCUUAGCUAAACUUCGCAUCGAACGAGAAAGUGCCUUGGAAAAACUCAGGAAAGAAAUUGCAGACUUUGAACAACAGAAAGCGAAAGAAUUGGCUCGAAUAGAAGAAUUUAAGAAGGAAGAAAUAAAGAAGCUACAAAGGGAACGUAAAGUAUUUGAAAAGUAUACUACAGUUGCCAGAACUUUUCCAGAUAAAAAAGAACGCGAAGAAAUACAGGCUUUGAAACAGCAAGUAGCAGAUUUGCAGGAAGAUUUGAAAAGGAAAGAAGCAAAAUGGUCGAGUGCGCACGGCCGUCUGCGAAGCCAGAUUGAAAUGUUAGUCAGAGAGAACACGGACCUGCGGGAGGAGAUCAAGGUGAUGGAAAGAUUCCGACUGGACGCCUGGAAGAAGGCGGAAGCCCUGGAGAGCAGCCCCAGGGCCCACGUGCGUGCCACUGCCGGAAAGCUGCCCGAGGCCGUGAACUCAUCUGUUCGAUUUCAAAAGAGUCAUAUUCCUCCUGGAACCCACGUAGACAAACCCAAGAAAAUCUACUUGCCGACACAAGGAAAUCCAUCUCGUGAAUCCAAGGAUGUACCUCUUCGUGAAUUAAGCAGUUCAGAUAAGAGACAAAGGGCCUCUCCCAGGGAGCAGGUGGAGCCAGCGGACUUCCCAGAGUCUGACGAUAAGGAAAACAAGGACGACGACGACGAAGAAAUCGAGACAGCCAUCAGUCAUCCUGACGGGAAGGUGGAAAAGGUUUAUAAGAACGGGUGCCGUGUUACCCUGUUCCCCAAUGGAACCCGGAAGGAAGUCAGUGCCGACAGGACUGUCACCGUCACCUUCUGCAACGGGGACGUGAAGCAGGUCAUGCCGGAUGAGAGAGUGGUGUACUACUACGCCUCUGCCCGGACCACUCACACCACGUACCCGGAGGGACUGCAGGUCCUGCACUUCUCCAGCGGACAGAUAGAAAAACAUUUCCCAGAUGGAAGGAAGGAAAUCACAUUUCCUGACCAGACGGUUAAAAACUUAUUUGCUGAUGGACAAGAAGAAAGCAUUUUCCCCGAUGGUACAGUCGUCAGGAUUCAAUGUGAUGGCAACAAAAUCAUCCAGUUUAGUAAUGGCCAGAGAGAACUACACACUGCCCAGUUCAAGAGACGGGAGUAUCCGGACGGCACCGUUAAAACCGUGUAUACAGACGGGCGGCAGGAGACGAAGUAUGCUUCUGGUCGCAUCCGCGUUAAGGACAAGGAUGGCAACAUUCUCAUGGACACAGAACGGUGACAGAUCAUGAAGUAACACUGAUUUUGUUUAAAAAUGUACUGUGUGGAUUAAUUUAUAUAGAACAUGCCUGUGUGUGGGGGGUGUGUGAGUGU